AUGCGUCAUAAGAAAGGAAAUUUUCAAAAUAAAGAUAAAAAAACAAAAAGAAGAGAUAAAAAUGAAGAAAUCCGGGAGCCUAUAAAUUCUGGAAGCGAAGAAGAAGAAGAAGUUGGAUCUGAUUUAUCAUGUGAAGAUGACAUUGAUGAGAGUGUAGAUAUCUCGAAUUUUAAAAUGCCAUGUAUCUUAAAAAUGUUUGAUUAUAAUCAAUGUGAUCCAAAAAGAUGUUCAGGAAGAAAAUUGAUGCGUUUUAAUUUAAUAGAAUUGCAAAAAUUUUCCUACAAAUUUCCUGGUUUAGUUUUAUCUCCAACUGGUACUUCAACAUUAUCACCAGCAGAUAGAGAUUUUAUAAUUAAAAAUGGUUUAGCUGUUGUUGAUUGUUCAUGGAAUGAAGUAGAUAACACUCCAUUAAAUAGGGUUAAAGCUCAAGAACACAGAUUGUUACCUUUUAUGAUAGCAGCUAAUCCUGUAAAUUAUGGAAAACCUUGUAAGUUAACUUGUGUUGAGGCAUUAGCAGCUGGUUUAUAUAUUAUUGGUGAACGUGAUGCUGCAAACGUUAUAAUGUCAAAAUUUAAAUGGGGUUUGAAUUUUAUUAAAAUGAAUAAAGAAGCACUUGAUUUAUAUGCAAAUUGUAAGAGUUCCAGUGAAAUCAUAAAAGCUCAAGAAGAAUAUAUUGAAAAAAUAACAAGGGAAUCUGAGGAAGCACGAAAUGCUCCAUUAGAUUUACCCCCUGGCUUUAGUGAUGAAGAAGAUGAUUAA